AUGUAUUUUGUAGACUGUGUUCCAGUUGAAGGGAGUAAUAACAGUAGGUCAGAAAAUGAAAUUAAAAAACUUUUAACAUGGGGUUAUUACCUAACACCAAUUAACAAAAAGAGAAGUACAAAAAGAAUAAUUAAAUAUAAAAACAUUGAUAUUGAGAGAAAAGAUGUCACAUCAGUUGAAGAAGCAAACAACAAAGAAGUAAAGAUAAAAACUGAACACAAAACGAGGGAGAAAAGAACUGGAUUUGACGGUGAAAUUACAUACACUGAAUGGAAAACAGAAAGUAGUGAUUCUAAAACUGAAAGUAGACCAAGUUCAUCAUGGUGUGUCGUAGUUUAA